CGGGACCAAGGGAAAUUCUCAGAGUCAGUGCCGCCCGACACUCAGACCAGAGAACACCCACCACCCGCCCCGCCCUUACUUCCACCCACACAGCUACCCCCUCCCACCGCCGCCACCAUGCCUGGCCCAACUGAAGAAUUGGAUGAGGAGAAAAUGACAAUGCUCCGGAAAGCGUUUGCUAUGUUUGACAGCGGGAAGACCGGGAAGAUCGAGAAGGAGAAGAUCAGGACCAUUCUUAACACCCUAGGAGCAAACUACAUCAAUGAGGAACUGGAGGCGUUACUACAGGACAAUGAUACUGAAGGUACUGGCAAGCUGGAUUUCGAGGCUUUCUGUCGUGUGGUUGGUCACUUCCUAGAGGAGCAGGACGAGGAGGCGAUGCAGAAGGAGCUGAAGGAAGCGUUUAGGCUCUACGAUAAGGAAGGUAAUGGCUUUAUCCCGACGGCGGCGCUGAAGGAGAUCUUGGGAGCCUUGGACGAUAAGCUGACGAGUGCUGACCUCGACAAUAUCGUGGACGAGAUCGACGAGGACGGCUCUGGGACGGUCGACUUUGAUGAGUUCAUGGAGAUGAUGACUGGCGACUAGUCCGUCAGGUGGUGCCCUCUCGCGGAGACACGGCUCACUCCACGUCUGGCCCCGCCUUCUAUCCCUUUCCUCAUCCCUCUCCUACCCUUUCCCCUCCCUCUCUGUCUCUCUCUCUCUUUCUCUGAUUUCUAUUCUCUCCUUGCAUUUUUUUUCUUCCAUUCGUCUCCACUUAUUUCUCUUCUCUCUUUUCAAUUAUCCUCAUUCCUCUUCUUUAUUACACCCUCCUUUUCCUUUCUCCUUCGUUCCUUUUUUCACCUCCCUCUUCCUUCCUCCGUUCCUGAUGACAAUGUCCACACAAGAAAAAAAAGAAUUAUAGUUUAUCAUAAGAAAAUAAAGGAGAAAUAUCCAACAGCCAAUUACUUUAUAUUCUUUGAAUGGAGGAAGAGAAGGUUGUCUUAAUCAGCAACGUCGCUUUCGAGUGUCCUAAUAAGUGUUUUUUUUUUCUUUGUUUAUUUCCUGCGAGUGCUGGGUGAGUGGGGUUGGUCUUCAUUCUCUGUAGGAAAAUGUUGACAGCGGACACACGACUCGAGUGUUUUGAGCCGCGUCCUGUCGAUUAAUUUCAAAAGUUCGAUAUCUAUUCUACUAUUCUUCUUAUUUCUUCAUCUCUUUAUUCAUUUAUUAUCAUGUGAAUCCUUUUCUGUCAAUGUGUUUUUUUUCUUGUUAAUCCUAUCAUUGUCUUUAUUUUUCCUCUUUCUCUAUAAUCUUCGUUUAAGUUUCCUACAUCAACCUGUUCAUCUGUUUUCAAUUGGUAUUCUAUUUUUGUUCAUAUAUUCUUAGUCUCCUUAUAUCCUUCCUAUAAUUAUCCUUAUUUUCCUUUGUUUCCAGGUUAUCUUUCGUGCUUCUUUACUGUCUUUCCUAUCAAUAAACUUUUACUCUACUUAAUACAUCUAUCCCUAUCCUUUUCUUCUUUUCUUUCUAUUUUGCCCCCAGUCUUGUUCCUCUCUUGUUCCUAUUUUCGUAUAAUACCUGUCUUGUCUCUUUAUUGUUUUCCUUCUAUAUCUCCAGCCUUAUCUACAACCACUUUUUGUCAUAUUAUCUGAGCUCUAUUCACUCUACUCCUUGUAUUUCUCCCAAACUCUCUUCUUCAUCAUUAGUACAAAUAUUUACUUAGACCCGCAACCAUCACCUUCCCCACAUAGGCCCUCUCAGAUCCAUAAAUAAUAACACUCAGCCAACAGAUCGAGCGCCUCCCUAGUGAGCCUCUCUCGUGUAUACGUAACCUGAUUGACUCGGCUUUUUUAUACGUAAUGAUUAGCAUGUGCGUCUAUCUUUUGUGCCCGAGUUUGGUGUCCUUUAACUGCUACUACUGUUACUAUUACUACUACUGCUACUACUACUACUACUACUACUACUACUACUACUACUACUACUACUACUUCUACUGAUACUACUACUACUGCUACUAUCAAUACUGCUAUUCUUACUACAACUACUACUGUCAAUGCUGGUAUUCUUACUACUACUACUACUACUGCCUGCUGCGACACUAUUACUAUUACUACAUUAUAUACAAAGUACUAAAUGUCGUAUGAAAUAUAAUGGCGUACAAUACACAACGUGAAUGAAAACAUUGGAAGCAUAAAUAAAAAACGAUGAAAUACAAA